UCGGAGAUGAAAGAACUAGGAUCGUCAGUAAUUACUCAACAUCCAAACUGUGUACAUCGGUUCUUCGCUAAAAUUUUUCGUUUGUUUUGGGGAAAAUUUUUGUAUUCAGAUUUCUACAAAAACAUCAAAGACUGUUUGUCUCCCAAAAACGAAACGUUCAAGUGAAGUAAGCCUUUUAAUAAAAAGCAUUCAAACAGCGGCGUCGGGACGGAGCCGAAAAGAUGGUCAAUCGACUUACAGAACAGCUGGUCGAGGCCAAAUCAAAAUGCUCCGAUUAUCGCAGCGCCGUCAAGCUGAAUGUGUGGGGCAGCGACCUGGACGACAUAUCGAUCUGCUUGCAGAUGCCGCGCCUGGAGGUGCUGGCUCUGAGCGUCAACAGGAUCAGCUCGCUGAGUUCCCUGCAGAACUGCCAUCGUCUCAAGGAGCUGUACUUGCGGAAGAACGUGAUCCAAAGCUUUGAGGAGCUGAACUAUUUAAAGAAUGCCCAUGAGCUGUCAUCUCUUUGGAUGGAGGGCAACCCGUGCUCCGACGCAGCUGGCGAAACCUAUCGCGCCUGCGUGCUGCGCAAGCUGCCCCAGCUGAAGAAGCUCGACGACGUGGAGGUCCGCGAUAUGGAGCUACAGUCGGCCCUUCGCCAUGAGUAUUACCCUGAGCCGAAGAGCACCAUAACAUCGUCGCCUGUGCCCGAGCCCCCGAACAGCCCCAAGGUCAAGGCCUGCCGAGAGCGCCUCGAGCGGGAGCGCGAAUUCGAGCGCGAGAUGGAAAGAGAGCGCGAGCGGGAACAAGAGCGGGAGCGCGAACAGGAGCGCAACCGGGACCGCAGCCGGGAAUUAGCAGCGGUGGAACUAGAACGAGAAGCAUAUCCCACUGAAUCAGCUGCCAGCUCACCCCGGAGCCGUCGAUCUCCGGUCCCGGAAGCACGUUUCUCCCUGCCACCACCGACGGAAAUCCAUAGUCCUGUUAACCGCAGAGCCGGUGGAGACGGUUCUCCCGGCGACUCCUCGCUGGAGUCCUCACCGCGCCUCAGCAACGACCAUUUACGCCGCUGCAUACCUCCAAACUUUCAUCCGAACCAGCUGUGCACCCGUUCCACGGCCGCCACGGUGGCUUCGGCCGCCUCAGCGGCAGCUGCGGCUGCCAUGAUGGCCCAGACUCGUCAGGAGGCGAUGGAGGCCCUGCACAGGCGCCGCGUCGAUGACAUCGCCACCGUUGGGCAGCGUGACCGUCUGAUGGACAGUCGUCCUUACGAUAUGGUAGCAAGUGUAUCGCCGCAGACUCCUAGUCCCCUGGGGGUGACCUAUUACGCGGGCAUUGGAGUGGCCGGCGGAGCAGUGGGCUCCAGCAACGGCAGCAGCAGCAGCAGCAGCGGCAGUAACGGGGGCGGCAGCAAUGGAGGAGGCAGUGGCAUCUCGCCCGGAAGCGCCGAGCAUCAGCGCCGCUUGCGCAUGAACUCCAAUCUGCUAUCUGCCACUCUGUGCCUCAUUCGGGAGAUGGAUGCGCCCACUCUGGAGGCCCUCAGCCACGCCAUCCACGACCACGUGACAAGCCAGUCGAUGCCAUACUAAAACGACUACAAAGGACACGAAUGACACGAUUACACUAGUAAUGCUCAUUAUAGCAUGACCCCCGAAGCCGCAACAUGAAAAGACUGGACACAGGAAAACUCCUAUUAUCCCAUAAAAACUGACAAAUUCAGCUCCAUUCUUCCUCGCACUUCGAUGUUUCUCCAAUUGUUCGGCUUUUUACUUUUUUAGCUAGUUAUUAAAUUUAAAAUAAGACCUUCCCCAGGUUGCAAACUGAA